AGCCAAAAUGAGGGAAAAUAAGAACAUGUCCGAGUCCCCCUCUCAAGCGGGAAAAGAAAUACCGGCGAAAAAACAAAAACUAAGCAGUGACGAGAACAGUAACCCAGAUUUAUCGGGAGACGAGAAUGAUGAUGCCGUCAGUGUUGAGAGUGGAACCAACACAGAGCGCCCCGACACACCCACCAACACUGCCAACGCACCCGGCAGAAAAAGCUGGGGCAAGGGCAAGUGGAAGUCCAAGAAGUGCAAAUAUUCUUUUAAAUGUGUGAACAGCCUGAGGGAGGACCACGGCCAGCCGCUGUUUGGGGUCCAAUUUAACUGGCACAGCAAGGAGGGAGACCCCCUGGUGUUUGCCACAGUCGGUAGCAACAGGGUAACUCUGUAUGAAUGUCACUCUCAGGGAGAAGUCCGGCUCUUGCAGUCUUACGUCGAUGCGGACGCGGAGGAGAACUUCUACACGUGUGCCUGGACCUACGACACCAACACCAGCCAUCCUCUGUUGGCGGUCGCCGGAUCCCGCGGCAUCAUCCGGGUGAUCAACCACAUCACAAUGCAAUGCAUCAAGCAUUAUGUAGGUCAUGGAAACGCCAUCAAUGAGCUCAAGUUUCAUCCCAGGGAUCCAAAUCUCCUUCUGUCUGUCAGCAAAGAUCACGCUCUCCGUCUAUGGAACAUACACACGGACACUUUAGUGGCUAUAUUUGGUGGCGUGGAAGGUCAUCGAGAUGAAGUCCUGAGUGCUGAUUUUGAUCUCCUGGGUGAAAAGAUUAUGUCGUGUGGGAUGGACCACUCCUUAAAACUUUGGAGAAUCAACUCGGAGAGGAUGCAGAAAGCCAUCCGCGGGUCUUAUGAGUACAAUCCCUCGAAGACCAACCGGCCUUUCGUCUCUCAGAAAAUUCACUUCCCCGACUUCUCGACACGAGACAUCCAUAGAAACUACGUGGACUGUGUGCGGUGGCUCGGAGAUCUUAUUCUGUCCAAGUCCUGUGAAAACGCCAUCGUCUGCUGGAAGCCAGGAAAGAUGGAGGAAGAAAUCGACGUCAUGAAACCAAACGAGUCGAAUGUGACGAUUCUGGGUCGCUUUGACUACAGCCAGUGUGACAUUUGGUACAUGCGCUUCUCCAUGGACUUCUGGCAGAAGAUGCUGGCUCUGGGGAACCAGGUGGGGAAGCUUUAUGUGUGGGACCUUGAAGUGGAAGACCCGCACAAAGCAAAGUGCACGACGCUGACCCUCCCCAAAUGCACGUCGGCCAUCCGGCAAACCAGCUUCAGCCGCGACAGCAGCAUCCUGAUCGCCGUGUGCGACGACGCCUCCAUCUGGCGCUGGGACCGGCAGCGCUGAGACGACCUCGCGACCUCUCGGUUCGCCGUCCUUCAGAUUUACACUGCAAGAAAUGUCCGUUUGAACAUUUGAUCUUACGUGGGGUCUUUAAAAAACAAAAAAUCCAGCAUUUCCUUUUUAAAAAAACAAAACGACAACAAAUAAGUGAGAAAACGUUGCCGACGUGAGACGAGGUGAUUCCUUCUGUUUUGUUUUCAAGACGUGUUAAAGACGAGGACCCUCGUUCCGGGCGUUCAUUCCGCUUUCUUUUUUGAUACGUGAACAUUUUUUGAGCCACGACGCUGAAGAACAAAAAGAUGAACGUUGUUCCAAAAUCACGGAAGAGUGACAUUAAAAUGUUCAUGUUGGUGAAAUGUUCCACUUCAGAGGUUCUCGCCCCAGUGUGCCUUCUAGAUGUCUAUGCAGUCUCAUCCAUUGAAAGUACAACUGAGACACGUGGAAUCAUCUCAAACUGGCAGAUUUUUUUUAAAGGGAAAUUAAGCUUUUAAGACGCAACGGAUGAAAUGACCAAAGACGGGUUUUCUUUGCAGUGGGCCACAUUUUAUAGUCAUCAGUUUGUAUUUCCCCCUCUUCCUUUGUUUGUGCCGAUGACUCCCUCUCUCCUCCUCCCCCAAACACACACACUGACUGGAGGACACUCAAUAAAGUGUAUUUUAUAAAUGUA